GGCUGGCAGCGCGCUCUCACAAUUCAACGGCCUGGCAACGAGAGCCGCCCUUCAGUGACGCCAAUUGUUAGCAAUAGGCUUUGAGCUCUGUCCCAGCAUCGCAGUGCGGCCAUGGCAGCCUUGACGAGCCAGCGGUUGCAACAUUGCAGGCAGGGCGGGUUGGUGGCAGCCCGGCCGCCACGCCUGGUGGCAGCCCCCCGUCGGCUGCCACGCGCUGCCAGGAAGCACCAGCUGCAGUGCAAUGCAGUCGCCGAAGUUGAGGCGCCCUCCAGCCAGCAGAGCGGCGCCAAGGCCGCCGCCGGGCUGCCUGCUUACGACAAGUCUGCAAGCGGCGGCAGCGGCAAGCCCCGCAUAGUGGUACUGGGCACCGGCUGGGCGUCCAUGUCGUUUGUGCGUGCAUUUGAUGAGGCGAUGCGGGACAAGUAUGAGCUGAUCAUGGUGUCGCCGAGAAACUAUUUCGUCUACACCCCGCUGCUCCCUGCCAUGUGCGCGGGCACCGUGGAGGAGCGCAGCAUUGUGGAGAGCGUGCGGGCGGUGCUGGGCGGCAAGGGCAAGUUCUUCGAGGCCCAGUGCACCGACAUCCUGCCGCAGGAGAAGGCCAUAGUGGCCUGCUUCCCGGAGGAUGCCGGCUUCCCUGAGGCCUGCUUCAAGAUCAGCUACGACUACCUGGUGCUCGGCGUGGGGACCCACUUCCGCUCCGCGGUGACCGACGAGUGGCUGCGGGUGAAGGGCUCCAACGGCACAAUGUUUGCGCUGGGCGACGCCGCCACCAUCGAGCAGAACAAGGCGGUGGAGAAGGCCAGCGAGCUGUUUGACAAGUAUGCGGCCACACACAGCGACGGGCGGCUGACGCUGGAGGAGCUGCAGCAGCUGAUGCGGGAGGCCAGCCAGGAGUUCCCGCACCUCAGGGAGCAUGCCACCUUCCUGGAUGGCAAGGUGGGCAGCCAGCGGUUUGGCGGCCUUGUCUUCAAUGCCUUCCUGCAGGCCAACCAGACCAUGAGCACGAUGUACAAGGGCGUGGGCCUGGUGGACCCCCAGUCCACGCUCAGCCGGGAGCAGUUCAGCGAGCUACUGACGCGCAUAGACAGCUCGCUGCGGGCGCUGCCCGCCACGGCGCAGGUGGCGCGGCAGCAGGGCGAGUACCUGGCGGAGGCCUUCAAGCUGGCAGACGGAGACCUGGAGGAGCUACCCCGGGCCGCCCCCGGCUUCAAGUACUUCCACAAGGGGUCAAUGGCCUACGUGGGGGGAGGUCGCGGGUGGCAGCUGCAGGCGUCCACAGCAAAGUGA